CUGUACUUUAACAUCCCUUCUUCACCGGGCGGGAUUUCCGCAAUAAUAUCAAGUAUGGCGAAAACGUACGACUAUUUGUUUAAAUUACUGCUAAUAGGGGAUUCUGGCGUAGGGAAGACAUGCGUCCUGUUCAGGUUUUCGGAGGACGCCUUCAAUUCAACGUUUAUCUCAACAAUAGGCAUUGAUUUCAAGAUUAGGACGAUAGAACUUGACGGAAAGAAGAUAAAGUUGCAGAUAUGGGAUACGGCUGGUCAGGAGCGCUUCCGAACAAUCACAACAGCCUACUACAGAGGAGCAAUGGGCAUCAUGCUCGUCUACGACAUCACCAAUGAGAAGUCUUUCGAAAAUAUCAAGAACUGGAUACGUAACAUAGAGGAGCAUGCAUCGUCUGAUGUUGAAAAGAUGGUCCUUGGGAACAAAUGUGAUAUCAAUGACAAGAGGCAGGUGUCCAAAGACAGGGGAGAGAAGCUUGCUCUAGAAUACGGAAUCAAGUUCAUGGAGACCAGUGCGAAGUCCAACAUCAAUGUGGAAAACGCAUUUUUGACACUUGCCAGAGACAUCAAAUCAAAAAUGGAUACAAAAUUGGAGGGCAACACCCCACAGGGCAGCAGCCAUGGAGUCAAGAUCUCUGAGCCUCAGAAAAAGACCAGCUUCUUCCGCUGUAGCCUUCUCUGAGUCCUGAAGCCUUCCAUACUGGCCACGUGCUGGUGGACAUGAACGGACUGUGCUUGCUCCUAGCACUUCCUCUCCCUUCCAGUUGUUUUCCCAACCACGACCAGUUCUCCAGGUCAACUUAAACCACUGUCGUCUGUAAUGCAGAGGGCCUCCCCACCUCUCUUGCUCUUCUGAAAGCUUCCAGGGGAGCGCCUCUUCCAUGGGAUCCGCUGUCUUCUUAGGUCAUUUCGCUUGACUGGUGGUCAACCCCCACCUAAGCACGUUCCAGAUGUUGCAUUUCACUCUUAACUUUGUAUGAUGCACACUUAAUCACAGCAGGUAGCACAACCAGUGAUGAAAAACUUGCCUAAUUAUUGAAAUAGUUUCUUCUUUUUAUUUUUGGAUUGGAAUACAAAUGAGAUAUUGAGAUCUAUUUUUUAAUAGUGCUCUUUCCCCUUUUAUGUGACGAGCGCAUCCAGAGGCUGAUUGGCUUUAAUGAAACGUGAGCUGAAGUGGCUCACACCCUUAACAUCAGCAGCUGUGAAUCAGGGACUGUGCGGUCCAGUUCAGAUUGAUAGAUUUGUUUUGAUUUUUUACUUGCGUUCUCCUUGGUUUGUAUGUACACUGUGACAAUCAUUUAAUGUGACUAAAAAGUGCUUUGUCAUGCCCGAUCACUGCCUCCAGCUCUGUUUGCGCUGGUCUUUGUGCUGAAAAGCACAAAUUGAUACUUCUUUUGAACACGUGCCGCUUUUCUAAAGGUCUGCUCAACAUGCGUGAAAUUAAGCAGUUUCUCUUGAGGACCCCUAAAGUAACGAAUGUUUUGGAACAUUUAAGAAAUUACGACGUCAUUUAAAGGUAAAUUGAAAUCUAGAAUUCCCAUGCUACCAAGGAGAAGCCCUAAAGUUUAUAGGCAUUCGCAAUUUAAAAAAAGGUGAAUAUGAGUUAAUUUAGUUCCCAAGUAAGCCGUUUAAACCUUUUAAUAGUUUAGCUUUUCCUCUCAGCUCUGAUUCACAGCCAAGCUAAAUGACGCCUCUGGUUAUUUGACAAGCAGUUACGAUUACCUGAAGGUUCCCAUUCGAAGACCCCCCCCCGCUACCCAUGCAGCUCUCCUAGCACUUUAACAGUAAAUUGUGUUUUGUGUGUAGUCUGUGCCAAGUGAUAGGUUUGCAUUCAACAAUACAGUUUUGACCUUGGGAGUCUUGGUAAAAGAACAGACAUGUAAUACCAACCUUUACACAACCUUAAAAAAAAAAAAGACUUGAUCUCAGAUGCUAUCUCACUGUCCUGAUAUCUAUUGACUGAAACAUAUGCUUACUUUAACUGUAAUUUAUGUAAACUAUAUACAAUAUUUAGAUAUAGACUAUAAACGUUCAAAGCCUCUGUGUCUAAGCUACUGCCUGAAAAAUGUAGUUAUAAAACUGGUAUUUUGUCUGGUUAUCAUGAAAGCAGGCUUGACCUUAGCUCGUCCCAAUUAUCCCCACAUCGAUGUUUACUAUAACCAGAGUUUGGUUUGGCAGCUGGGUGGCGCCAGAAGCCCUAAAAGCAUCUUUGGCGACCAGCCAAAGUCAAAUUUGAAUCAGUAUUCUUUUUUUAAAAUUUAAUUUUCGAGAUCAGGAGCCACAGUUAAUCUGAAAUGUGCGAUAUAUGAGUAUUUCCUCUUGAAUCUCUCUCUGCUUCCACAUUACCUCAUGUUUGCAUCCCCACUUUUGUUUGUUUGUCUGAAAAUCAGGUUCCUGUAUGCACAUACGGUGAGAGGGAGUACCUGUGCUCGCCUGCACCUUUUUGAUAUCAAGUCAUUGGGGACCUCAUGAAUAUCAUGACCAUUUGUCUUAACCACUAGCACGCAGUUGUGUCAUGGGUGCGCUAUGCAUUGUGAAUCUUGGACCUGUGCAUAUUUGUGUACUGUUCUUUUCAGACACACUUAUAGGCCUGUGCAGUUAAACAUAUGGGCUUUUUGUUAUCGUUUAUCUUCUGUUCUCUGAGCCAAAAAAAAGAGACGGACACUUACUGCCUCGCGGAGGCUCGUUUAGCGGGAGUCUGAAAUGUGUAGAAAUUGCUGUUUUCUUGAUAAAGUGAUACUGUAGCUUUAAGUGAGAAACAGAACCGCAGGGCGCAGAUGUCUUCGACUCAAGCUGCAUCUUGUUUUUCUUCUUUUUUUUCUGGAACGAUGUACCCUGUUUGAUAUUUAUCUUUUCUUAUUCUUAAGAUUGCUAUCACAUGUCAUUAUAAAGUGAACAUCCCUUUUAACAGCCAUAUUUUCAUUCCAUCUGCUGUGACGUUGACGGGGAGCAUAACAGAUUUUUAAAAAGGAAAAAAAAAAAAGUUGGGAUUGGGUAUUGUAAAUAUGGAGGGGAAAAAAGAGAUCUACUUAAAUUGUACUGUACUUUCUAUACCCAUCUAAAAGUAUCUACAAUUUGUAGAUAUGUGUACUUUUGUUUUAAUAAAAUAAGCGAAAAGGCAA